AUGAGUCUCACCAAGCACCAGGUGCUCCAGGCGCUCGUGGACCAUCUCGACGUUCCACGGCCCUCGCUGGCACUACUGGCACUAGUCUCCAUAGCAGUCUCCGCUGGGUUGAUCUGGCGCUACCACGCGUUCAAGCACCUCCACUCCCCCGACAUCAACUUCCUCGUGGCCAUUCUCCUAGCACUUAACGUCUGGAACCUCAUAUUGGCGGUGGCUGCGCCUGCCAUCUUCGACUUGUCGUACGUCCUUCGCUACGCGGACGCUCACCAGUCGUACUCCUUGGUCAGCACUGCCAACAGCGUGCUCAACCACUUGUACAUAUACAAGGACCUCCGUCUCAUCGCCAUCAUAUUGGUGUCCACCCUGCUCAUUAACAUCCUCGCCAUCGGCGGCUUGCGCUGCAUCGAGUACAUCUCGUUCAUCGCCAUCGACACCAGGCCCGAGCCUCCCAAAAGACACAAGAAAAGCGUCAGUUUCGACGAGAACCUCGUUACCUUCAACUACAAGGAGGAAAUGACCCUCGACACCGAGGUUCCGGCUCCCUCGACUUCCAGGCUCUCGUGGACGUCUCCACUCAUCGACUCGCUCACAAACAGAGGUGCUAGACGGUACAUGGGAUUGCUCGUGCUUAACCUCGUGCUUGCGCUCAUGUUCCUCCCCAAAACCAUCCAGCUCAACUCCUCGGCUGUCUUGCUCGAGCUUGGACCCGACACCCAGCUCAAGGCCGACCACAUCUACUUCUCACUCUUGGUGACGUUUGUCAUCAUCACCUUCGCCAGGUUGUUCCGAAUCUUCAACAACAGCGUGUGCAGCCGUGUCCCGUGCUUCCCCAAGGUGGUCAGCAUCAUCUCCAGGUUUGUCUGGUUCUACAUUUGCGCCAUCGUCAACUUCUCACUCACGACUAUGGUGUUGUGCUCCGAUGUGUUCAUCAAUUGCUUAGACGCCAUUAUCAAUGACCUUGGCAUCAUCGUUGCCCCAUCCACGCCCAUGGAAGCAUCUCCAUCCAGCUACCCCAUCCAGUUCAUAACCUCCAUUCUCAUCGAGUACCUCUCGCAUUCCAGCUUGGCACCCCCAGAGACUGCCUACACCACCUGCUCACAGGCUGCGUGCGAUCAGACCAACAUGUUGGUGUCGUUGGCCAAUUCAUAUAACAACAUGAACGUCAUCAUCAUCAACUGCUGGAUCCUCCUCAAUAUGCUUUGCUUCAGUUUGCUUCCGGUAUUGAUGUGGCUCAUCAUUGAUAUCAAGCUCUGCAGCUUGUUAAGGAAGUCCUCACUGUUAGUUUAA